CUCUCGGGGCGGGCGGCGAGGCGAGGCUGGACGGCCGCGGCAGGGGACGAGGCCGCCCGGGCCGGCGGGGAGCCGCCGGGGCCCGGCGCAUGGCGGCGGGGGCGGCCGGGAGCAUCACCACGCUGCCGGCGCUGCCCGACGACGGCGGCGGCGGCGCCUUCCCUCCCGGGCACUUCAAGGACCCCAAGCGGCUGUACUGCAAGAACGGCGGCUUCUUCCUCCGCAUCAACCCCGACGGCAGGGUGGACGGCGUCCGGGAGAAGAGCGACCCGCACAUCAAACUGCAACUUCAAGCAGAAGAAAGAGGAGUGGUGUCGAUCAAAGGUGUAAGUGCAAAUCGCUUUCUGGCUAUGAAGGAGGAUGGCAGAUUGCUGGCACUGAAAUGUGCAACAGAAGAAUGUUUCUUUUUUGAGCGCUUGGAAUCUAAUAACUAUAACACUUACCGAUCACGGAAGUACUCGGAUUGGUAUGUGGCACUGAAAAGAACUGGACAGUACAAGCCUGGACCAAAAACCGGACCUGGACAGAAAGCUAUCCUUUUCCUUCCAAUGUCUGCUAAAAGCUGAUUUCCAUGGCAGAUUCUGAACAUACGCCACACUACAUUUUGAGGACUCGGGCAGCUCCCUGUGGUAUAGUUUGUAGAACAGGCCUGUGUAAACAGCUGGAAACUCUCUCAUGGUUAUAUCAAUCUUAUCGAAUCCUUCCCGGUAUCCGUAAAGUAACAGCUUAGCUACGUUGCUGGUGAUGGGAGUAGCGUGCUUUGUCCUGGCAAGCUCAUCGAGGUCCAUCCACUCACACCUCAGGCACUCCUGCUGGCAGAAGUUGAUGUUGAAGGAGGAGGGCUCCAGGCGGCAGAUGAUGUACAUGUCCGACUUGCCAAAGGCUCCGGGGUGCUGGUGUUGCUGUCUUAUGCUUAAGAUGGACUUGAACUCUGACUUGAUGCCAGUCUCUUCGAAAACCUCUCGAACUGCUGUGUCUCCUAGGUGAAGAGAGCAAUUCUUACAAUGCACACAAGAACAGCUUAGCACUCUUUAAACCUUUUGAUCGCAGAAUGUUUCUAACUCAAAGCAUCCUCUGUUUUGCUUCAUCAGCUUUUCAAAGCGUAAAGCCUGUUUGCUUCAACACAAGGAUAAGCUAAUUUUUUGUCCCUGAACAAAACUAAUUGCUACGUGCCUUUCUUGCGUAUAUCCUACAAAAUGAUGAAAGAAAAGCUUUCCAUAAUAUUGUACAGGGUAUGGUUUUGAAACUGAUGGUCGCUGGCUCCGCUGAUCUCUUACCCCAGGGCAGCACUGCACCACCUUGUCAGUCCCCUCAGCCUAGCCCGCAUCCCUCUCCUUAUAUCUGUCCUCUUGCAGGCUCAGACCCUUUGCAGCUGAACACCCACCUGUGUGUGUCAGAUCACUCCAUCAGAUCACAACCGUCAUUCCACAUUGCCACAAGGUGGAACAACAUGGGGAAAAAUAGUGUUUGAAGAAGGUUGGCACCAAGUCCUUUUCAGAAUGUAUCUCGGUCUAGUGGCAUUUCAAAUAGGCUAUAACGCCUGUAUAACAUGUGCCAUGUUCCUGCAGAAAACAUGGUGCGUGUGCGUACAUCUUGUGUACACCAGCCAAAGCGAUGAAAACGUUAACGUUUCUCAUUACAAAACUAGGCUAUAACUUCAGAGCUUUUAAGGGUCUGCAUACUGCAAUUAAGGCCCCAAAUUACCCAGCUAUCCAGUGCUCUUCAAAAGAGAAGUUUUACUCUUGAAUAAUAAGUUGAAGAGCCCAAAUAAGGUUUUUGAUAUUCCAGUUAUUUCCCAAAAUUCUGCAGUUUCACUGUAGUUGUCAAAGCCUACCUGCCCGGUGUAGCUACUGGUAGGUAAAACUAACUAGGUUAUUUUUUUUAAUCUAAGUAAAUUCAUAGUUGUGUCUUGUUUAAGUAUUAACUGCAUAUACAGCUGUUUUGCAGUGUUACCUGCUUCAGUUUGGUUUUGGUAAGACAUAAGUGUGUUGGGUAGCUUCAGAAAGCAAAAUGCAUUUUAUAAGACCGCAUAGAGAUGAUCCUUCCUGUGCAAACCACCAUCCUGACUGGUGAAGAAAACAGACCUUUCAGGUGCAGUUUCAAAUCCUGAAAAUGAUUUCAGCACAUCCAGUAGCUGGCAAUAAAUAUAUAAACAAAAUGAUUUGUCCGACAGAGGCCAAAUAACUUACCCUGCACAUACUUCUGCACUAGAUAAACUUCUAUCUUGCAAUGGAACAAUCUCUACAAAGUUAACAUCAAAUACACAGAGGUCUUUGUAGGAUUUGACACCCAUUAAUACAUGGUGUCUGCAGAUUUGUUUGUGACUUCUACAGUGUUAACUAAAAAGGCUACUGCAUAUGGGGGAAGAUACGAAUGUACUUGGGGACUGUGUUUUAUGUUGCCCAGAGCAGCCCCUUUCAGUCCUUUGGUGUAAAAGAGCAGUUACAAAGCAAUCUCCCUGUGGCAGGUGGUUUUAUUUUUAGGCAAAGGGCUGUUUUAAAUGUAAAGGGUCAAAGAAGGUAGGGAUUUCAUUUAAGCUUUGAGCUUUUCUUUUAGACAAAGUGCCUUUUGCUUUAAGCUUUUAUUUAAAUGUAUGUAUUUGAUUACUUAAUGACAGUUAAACUAGAAGAAACACUAGGGCUUGAAUUUCAGAAAUAGGCAAAUGCAAAUAUCUUCGCUCUUUGCUUAAUCUGCAUUAUGAAGCGAUUCAAAUUACUUGUGCAAAUCAGUUUGUGCUCAUUAGAGUAGGCAGUCAUAUAUUUUGUUGCUUUAUAUAACCACAGGAUUUUUCAAGCAUUGUAACUCUAAUUUGAAAUUUAGGCCCUUGAGUGAGUGCGAGUUUGUAAGAUUUGAUAUAAGUGAUGGAAAAAGGAAAAUUUAGCUCUGUUAUAUUUUAUGCUUCACUAAGUUAUCUCUUUUUGUAAUUGUAAAAUGUGAUGCAGAGAAUGAUAACAUUUAUUAUGAUACUGUUAAAUAGUGGCAGGAGGGGAGAUGUAAGAGCUUUGUUGCUCCCAGGUCUUUCUUACUACCUACAUCCAGGCUCCAUCCAUAAUCUUACCUGUUUCUUGAGGGAUGGCCACUGGUACACUCAGUGACAGUACUCCCCUGGUGAAGCUGUUGCCCAUGCUAGUUAUCCUCUUCCUGCAGUGUAACAAUUCCUGUGCUAUCUCCUGGCCUAGAUCCUUUCUCUCUCUGUCUCUCAAGGUGACACAGCUAGGCAACAAGCGCAGUAUUUGGGAUUCUUUGAAGUAGCCAUUCCACUACUUUGUGUGUGUUUGCUUUGUUGCGCAAAUAAUUAUGAUUUCUGCCACUGUGCUUUACAAAAAGAUGUAGUCGAAAUGUGACUCAGAAGUUACGAACAGUACAACUCAACCCUAUCACAUUAGCCAGAAACUUUUUCCAUGUGUUGAAGUAACGAACAAUGUGUGGAGAGUUUGUGUAUUCCAGCUAGAGGUUUACUGCUAAGACAGCAUGGAGAGAUUUCUAAGGUAUGGACCUGGUUCAGGCAAUAGGGUCUCAAUACCCAGUUGGUAGAGCUGCUGCAUUGCACUGGGCAAUGUUUUUGAGCCAUGGUUUAUUUAUUGGAAGACUAUUUUCACAUCUGAGUACUGAUGUGGGGCUAAAUUAAUGUGAGCAAAUGUAACUUUUGAAAACAAGACCAACCUAGUAACUGCAGUGUAACUGGAGAAUUAACCAGUCUUCGGAUCUUAAUUUUAAGGGAUGCGAUCCAAGGAGAAAGCACAAUUUUAUUUUUUCAUACACUUCUGCUCAUUCACCUUUGAACAUAACUGCAGCUGCUGUAUUCAGCAUCACCUGCGCUAUGCUAGGUAGAAAUGACGGCUUUCCUCAAAUCAGCACUGUUUUUAAUACAGAAGUGCCUUCUGCCUCUGGUUGGAAGGAGGUGUCCCCAGGGGUCAGGACCUGUACUGAUGCUGGUCCUGGGCCAAAGAGUUCUUGGUCUAAACAAACAAAUGGACAAGGGUGGAACUAAGCAAGUGUAUUUAUUGCUGUUUUGCACAUAAAAAUUGAAAGUUGGAAAUUUUUGCUCAGUAUAUCAAUGAGCUCACUGCCCUGGAUUGCAGUGUGAGCUGAGAGCCUGCUAUUUCAGUUUUAUUUUUGGUUAUAUACAGAUUAUCUUAAUCCUCUGUGCUUCUGGCUCUUACUGCAACAUACUCAACAAGCCUGCAAAACAAAAGUUGGCCUCAAGCCCUCCUUUAAGAGAACUGAUGGAAAAGCGUAAAUGUUACAAAGCUGCUCUACCCUGAAGGUGAUGUUACGCCAUUAACUUUAAGGUUAUAGGAUCACAUCACUGCACCUAUCAGCCAUUAUUUCAAAGAAGGGAGUCCUCAUAGGAGUGAUGUGGGUCACCGUGUUUCAGUGCUGUUAACAUCUUUGUAAUUCUGUUGAUGUCUGACCUGUUAUCCUCGGACUUACCAAUGUCUUCACCUGGAUUAGACAGACCUCCUGGAAAUUUCCAUGCAUUUACAGUCUGUAUCGGAGGAAAAAAUGUUAAUGUAGUAUGCAGCCUAUUUUGUACUCUGUAAUAUGAAGGAGACGAUUAACACACAAGUUUUUUGGUGAAGUUGCAGUAUUAUAGUUACCCUUACAAACGUCAGUAAGGCUUUAGGUAGGAACUACUUUGUUCUUGCUAAUGUGAUGAUCAGAGACAUCUACAGUCUGUAUGAAAUAUUGGAACAAAACAGCUACUGAUUGAAAACAAACUGUCUAACAAUCAUUAGACAACGUUGCUGCUAGAUAACUAGAGUAGUUGAAUAUUUAAAAAAGCUGCUAUAGACUAUAUAAUCUUGUAUUUAAUCACUGAUGUAUCCCACUUCCAUGGUUUUAGCUUUUAAAAAAAGUGUAUAUAUUUAAUCUUACAAACAGGUAUUAUGAUUGUAGUACUGUUCUAUACUGCACUGGCUUUAAGAUGACUUUGUGUGUCUGUAAUAACCAUUUUGUAUAACUUGUCAUUUGUUUUUAUGGAACAAAACCUGAAGCCUUGUGUGUGAUUUGUGUAUAGAAGCAUUUAUUGAACUGCAAUAAAGUUCAGUCAUUAAAACAAUA